AUGAUCUAUAAGUCCCGCAAUAUCAGUCUGGAGCUGCGGACCGGAUUCGGUGGAAUCGAAACUGUGACUUCCUCAGUCUCCCAAAAUCGCUUUAAUUCCGCCUGUAAGGAAGGGCUGGUCUACGUGAAAAAAGUACGUAUUGAAGAUAUAGGGCUUUGGCUUUCCGAGAGGGUGUCCUCAAAUAAUACCCAUCCUAAUGAGGCGUAUGAAAUUGACCGUCUGCUGGUUCUAUUGACGCAAAAUGUACUCCGUACUUUUUGGGACACGCCAAACGAAGGCAAUCUUUAUUCAAUCAUGCAGGGCAAUAUUCUGGCUGAAAACUCAUAUACAUUUCUACUUUUCGUCGAACCCAACUUCACUUUAACCUCAGUAGAUGACGAAGAUAUGGAGGUAUUGCCUACUCUAAACACCAAAAGAGGACUAACCCGGCAACGAAGGCACAACUUUUUCACUAGAUCAGUGGUAAUUAAAUUAAUUUGUGAACCUGGUUCCAUCACCAUUCUGCAUGAAUACCACUGA